GUAAUGCUGGAAGGAGAGGAUGUUUUCCUUUGGAUAGAAACAAUAUGGACCAAUGUCAACUUGACGAGGUUGUCACCAAGUUUAAUGGAUUUGGAAUUCCGAGGGACAGUGGAAGCUCGGGGGUGGGUCUACUUGUCGCAAGAUGGAGAGAAAGCUAUGAUCAUAGAGUUGGCACCCGGGAAUACGCCGGACGAGUUGUUUAGGAAGGCAGAAGCAGAGGUUGUGUGGGCUGCAUGUCAAAGGAAGGAAAUGGAAAUGGAAAAGGUAGACGUACGGGUGGAACUUGGGGAUAGAGUAAGCAUGAGGCGGCCCGUAAGAACCAUGCGAUGUGUGCUGCCCUCCUUCCUAGUGGAUGCGGUUUUCGGAACCCUGAGCAGGCUAGUACGGAUAUGCCAGUCCAUGACGAACCUCGGGCUAUACCAAUGCGCUAGGCAAGAUUUUUUUCGAUUAUCAGUAGAGAUGGGGCCGUUCGAGGGGAACUGGGCGGAGGAGCUGGCCGAGAUACUAAACUGCCUUAACAUAGACAAUAUCUUUGUCCCUGGCGCUGUGCAUUGGGGGAUAGUCUACAGGAAUGUGGCAAUAGGGGAGACGUUUCUAGAUGGGGUAAGGGAGCUGGUGUACGACGAGGAGGACGACUUCAGAAAGGGAAAGAUGGCUAGAGAAGAAAGGAUGAUGGAAUACCCCUUCAAAGGCUGGGAACCACGGCGACUUAGAGGAGGAAUAGAAAUGCCUAUACCAACAGGGAACGGAUGGACAGGGACCACGUGCGACUGGAUUGGGUUUGAGGUUGCCCGGGACUUGUCAUAUGUAUGGAUAGAGCGGAUUUGGAACCCGAUAAGGGAAGAGGAAGGUUGGGAUGAUAUAGGAGAAGAUAAGGUAGAGUCAGUUGGAACGAUUUUCGAGGAUGCAUGGCACCUGUUUUGCACCAUGUUAGCAAUGGGACAGGACCCGAUGUGGCUUCUAGGGGAUGCAGAGGCCCGAACCCGAAAGGAAGGCAAGCUAUUCGCCAACGAGGGAUGGGACGAAGUUAGUAGCAGAGUUGUGAUGGGAGGAUGGAAGGAACUCAAGCCUCCAAGUCUACGGAUAACGGAUUGGGUACCGGAAUUCAUAGCCGAGUGGUUUGGGGGGUUUGAGCACAUUAUAGAGUGUGCCUGGCUGACUGAGGAGUUCUAUAGGCUCUCAUUGAAAUAUGAGCCCUUCUACGGAGAUAAAGUCGGGGAAGUCAUCAUCGUCCUAAGAAUAGGCAGGGAGAUUGCAAAACGCAUUGCAUCUCCAGCCAUACACGAACUGGCCAUCAGGACUCUGUCCCAAUACGGCAUCACAUCUGCCCAAUGGCAGGCCAUGCUGGACGCAGCGGACGAGAACGAGAAACCGUUCUUCCAAAAGCUUUACGACGAUGCCGUACAGAGGGAGAGGGAGGCAGAGGCAGCAGCCAGAACCACAAGCAUUGCUGAUCAGGUGGCCCUCCUUCAGGUCCCGGAAGCCAAUGCUGACCGGUUCCAAGAGAGGCUAGCUGUUGCUGUAGCAGCCUUCGUUCCACUGCGGACCUUGGAAGACCUUGAGUCCCGUGUGACAGCACUGGAGCAGCGGAACCAAGAGCUGCAGGCUGAGAUACUCAGCCUCAAACAGUCCCAACUAUCUGCCCCUCGUCCUCCUAACCCUCAACCGGCUGCAGUCCCAGUCUCUCAAUCUAACACAGUCCUCAUGGCAAGAGCAAGUGGAACUCUGACCAACACAGGAACCGGUGCCAGCUCCUCAAGCGGCAGCACCGACAGUUCUGCACUAGUUAUAGUUCCAAAUGCAAGAACAUCAGCCCAAAACGCCACAGUUCUUACUGGCGUACAGUACAGCGGUCCCGUAGUGGACAAGUGGGCGGCCACUCUGCCGUCCAAGUACGACGGGAAGGGGGACAUCACCUCCUGGAUUAGCUCCAUGCGCUCAUACUUCGAAGUGUUGCGAACGCCGCAGGAAGAUCGAAGCAUGAUCAUGGGCACAAAUAUUGAGUCCGCAGUAUGGAGUUUCAUAGAACUCCAAGCUGUUACAGCAGGUUAUGAGAGGAUUGACCUGACCGAGUGGCUAAAAGUAACUCCUGUACGCACUCUUGAGGACCUUCUCAUCACACGGUACCAAGAUAAGCACGCUGCGCUCAAGGCAAGACUGAAGCUCGAGGCCCUCAAGGGCCAAGCAUGGAGGACCUCUAUGCAGGCUUUGGAACAACACUUGACUGGUCUGUUCACCACUCCAAACUUGGGAAUGACCGACGUGUCUUGCAUGGAUGUAGUCAUGGGAGUGGCCCCUAAAGAAUACCUCUCCCUGUUAGCACUCAAAGACCAUACCACUUGGCGAGAGCUCAUGAUGGAUCUAGUCGACCUAGAUGCCAAGGACCUCGCCAGGCGUAAAAAGGCACCCGCUGCAGGUAGCAAAUCACAACGCAAGCGGUAUGGGAGCAGUAACCAGCUUGCCCUGCAUGAACAUCGGGAGGCUGAAGAUCAGUCCUACGCGGAUGAUCUGUUUCUAGAUGACGAUCUAGAGCCGGACUCCGAUAUGGGCUGAUCUACAUCGACCAUUGAGUCUG